AUGAAGAUGUUGUUGAUAUUAAUUUUCAUAAUUACUGGGACACAGACUUCCAUGGCUCAGAAACCAGUUCCCAAGCCUGUUGAUAUUAUAUUUUUGGUUUCCAGUAGUAAUACAUCUUUCCCUUAUGUCAAAACAUUUAUUAGUACAGCAAUCAAGAGUUUACCUUUUGGCCCUAAUGAAUAUCGCAUUGCACUUGCUCAAUAUACCGAUAAAGUAUAUAGUGAAUUCCAAUUGGAUACCUACAAAGGGAAGAAUCCAAUGUUAAAUCAUAUCAAAAAGAGAAUGGUACCCAGAGCUGGCCUCUUAAAAACUGGCAGUGCUCUCUACAGAAUACAUGAUAUUGAUUCCUGGAAACCAACUCCUGGAAAAGACAGGUCCAAGAUUUUGAUAGUGAUCACAUCUCAACAAUCUAAAGAUGAUAUAAAAGAAGCUGGCCAGCUACUACAGAAAGCUGGAGUAAAGGUCAUUUCAAUUGGGAUGGAAGAUGCCUCUCCUGAUGAACUACAUCUGAUGGCCACAAAGCCAUUUUAUUUCUUCUUUCCUAGAAUAGAAGACCUUAGUUUAUUUGGUCAGAAUAUUUCUAGGAUCGUAGUUGAUCUAAUCAGCAGCCAAAAUGGAAUGUUGUGUUUCCUUCCUAUUAUAGCAUGUCAUGGUGAUGGAGUUGCUGAUUUGGUAUUUAUAGUGGAUGCAGGUUCUUCACAAACAAACUUUGAAAAGAUGCAGCUCUUUUUAGAAAACCUGGUGUCUUCUUUGGAUGUGAAGGAGAAAUGCAUAAGAAUAGGCCUGGUGACUUUCAGCAGUAAGCCCCAGAUGAUAUUUUCACUGCAGAUGGCAACUGAUGGAAUUCGCGUUUUGCAAUAUAUCCAAGGACUGUCACCUAAGCCAGGAAAAGCCAAUGUAGCUUCUGCCAUCAAUUUUGCAAGGCAGCAGGUCUUCAGUGCCAGUGCUGGAAGUAGGAAGGCUCAAGGGGUAGAACAAAUAGCGAUUCUUAUCAGCCACAGAUCUUCAGAAGAGGGUGUGAAAGAUGCAGCUAAGCUGCUCAGAAGAGCUGGUGUGACCUUGUUUGCCAUUGGCAUUGAAGAGGCCAAUAUUACCCAGCUCACCCAGAUUGCUGCUUACCCACCAUCGCGAUAUGUUACUCAACUAAGCACAUUUUCUCAUUUGCUCAAUAAGUCUAUGGAUUUUCACAAGAAAAUUAUGAACCAAAUAGAGGAAAAACUCUACAUGGAUACCAAAAGAACAGAACUUCUGAAAAAAGGAUGUGUGGAUAUGGAAGAAGCUGAUAUUUAUUUUCUCAUUGACGGUUCAUCAAAUCUUGAUUAUUUUGACUUUGUGGAUCUCAAAUUAUUUUUGAAAGAAGUGGUUAAAUUGUUUACUAUAGGCCCAAAUAAGGUCCGUGUUGGAGUUGUGCAGUAUGCAGAAACCAGCGAGGUGGAAUUUGAUCUUGAGGAAUACAGAAGAACAAAUGAUAUAUUGAAAGCCAUUGAUAACAUUCGUCAAAUUGGUGGGACUCCCCACACAGGAGCAGCUUUGACAUUCAUUCAGCCCCUGUUCAGGAAGUUGCAAGAUCAGCAUUCUAGAAGUGUGCCCUGCCAUCUAAUUGUGUUAUUAGAUCAAAUAUCAAAAGACCAUGUGGAGGAGCCAGCCAAGAGAUUAAGGAAUGAGAAGAUAAAUCUUUAUGCCAUUGGUGUAAGACACACAAACAUGUCUCAGAUCUACACAAUGGCAGAUUCAACUAACCGAGCUUAUUUUGUGAAUGAUUUUGCCUCUCUGAAGUACAUAAAGAAUGAAGUUGUUCGGGAGAUCUGUGCUAUGGAAGUCUGCAAGGAAAAGAAAACAGAUAUUGUAUUUCUGGUGGACAGCUCUAGAAGCAGUGGGGCUGAGGACUUUGAGAAAAUGAAGAACUUCAUGAGGGAGCUGGUGGACAAAUCCGAUGUUGGUCCAGACAGAGUGCGCGUUGGAGUUGUUCAGUUCAGUGGCAAAUACAAAGAAGAAUUCAGACUCAGCCAAUACUUGACAAAACGAGAUAUCAACAAUGCUAUUGGGAGAAUGACUUUUAUGGGGCAGAGCACGCUCACUGGAGGUGCACUGCAAUUUGUGUCCGAUUAUUUCAAGCCUGCCAAAGGGGCACGGCUGUAUGUCAAGAAAGUUCUUAUUUUGAUAACUAAUGGAGAAGCACAGGAUGAGGUGAAAAACCACGCAGAAGCUUUGAGAGAGGAAAACAUCAUAAUCUAUUCAGUGGGGCUGUUCCAGGCUAACAAAACGCAGCUGAUGGAGAUCAGUGGGAAGCCGGAGAUGGUCUUUUAUGUGGAAGACUUUGAGGUUCUAAAGCACUUCAAAAGUGAGAUCCUCUUUGAAAUAUGUAGCCCUUAUGAUGAAUGCCGAAGAAUAGAACGUCUAGACAUUGUUUUUGUCAUUGAUGGUUCUGGAAGUAUAGAUCCCAAAGAGUAUGAUAUUAUGAAAGAUUUCAUGAUUACUUUGGUGAAAAAAUCUGAUGUCAGCCACGAUCGAGUUCAGUUUGGAGCAGUCAAAUAUUCUGCAGAGCCAGAAACAUUUUUCUAUCUCAACAAUUUCAAUACCAAAGCUGCAAUCAUUAAGGCUAUUCAGAAUGAUAAGCCUAUUGGGGAAACAACUUACACCGCCAAGGCGUUGCGACAUUCAGAAAGCCUUUUCUCUAAGAAGCAUGGUGGCCGCAAACACCAGAAUGUUCCCCAAGUUCUCAUAGUGAUAACUGAUGGGGAUUCUCAUGAUGCAGCAGAACUCAAUGACAUAUCGAAGAAUCUCCGGGCUCAAGGGAUCAUGAUCUAUGCUAUUGGGAUAGAAAGAGCCAAGCCAGACGAACUCUUGACCAUGGCAGGAUCUGAAGACAAAUAUUUUUAUGUAAAUACAUUUGAAGGCCUGAAAAACCUCUAUCCCAGAUUAUCUGAUAACAUUUGCGGUGUUUCAAAGCCAGAAUGUGGAAUUCCAGCAGAUCUGGUAUUCCUGAUUGAUGGUUCUAAUAGCAUAAGUGACAGUGAUUUCACUAAGAUGAAGAAUUUUUUGCAAGAUGUAGUUCAUCCAUUUGACACGGGUCACAAAGUGCAAGUUGGUAUUGCUCAGUACAGUGACAGAUACCAGGAAGAAUUCAGCCUGAAUAUUUUCCCACGCAAAUCAGAACUUGAAACUCAAAUCAGACACAUUCAACAGAUGGAAGGACUUCAGACAUACAUUGGUGCUGCCCUUGAGAAAGUGAAGUUCUACUUUACUCCAGAAGGUGGCAGCAGAAUAAGUGAAAAGAUCCAGCAAAUUUUGCUUGUGAUCACCGAUGGCAGGUCACAUGACAGAGUUGUUCAAGCCGCAGAAGAUCUGAGAAAGAAAGGUGUUGACAUAUAUGCCAUAGGAGUAGGGAGAAUUGACCAUUUGCAGCUUAGUCAGAUAGCUGGCUCCUCAGACAGGAAAUACACAGUUGAUAAUUUCAGCGAACUGAAGGUAAUUAAAAAAAGACUAGUUGAUGAUAUUUGUGAGGAAGAAGAUAAAACAUCAUGCUUCAUGGAUAUUGUGGUGGGGAUAGAUGUCUCCUCACAAAGUCAAGGUGAUUAUGUAUUCCACGGACAGCCCCAGCUGGAAUUCUAUCUUCCCCAAAUCAUAAGCUCUCUCACAUCUUUGACUAGCCUAAGCUGUACUGCGGGAUCACAGUCACAAACCAGUGUGGCGCUGAAAAUUAAAAACACAGAUCCACCAGUGACGUCAAAGUUCCAAAUUGAUAGUGAAAAACUUAUAAACAGUCUUGUGGGCCCCACCAUCAAGAAUGCCUCUCAUCUUACUGCAGAGUUUUUGGAUUCACUUUGGGAAACAUUCGAAAUCAAAUCUGCAAACAGAAGGAAAGUACUACUAAUAUUUUCAGAUGGCUUGGAUGACAGAAUAGAAAUCCUGGAAGGCAAAUCAGAAGAGUUGAAGAAAAAUGGAUUGGAUGCACUGAUAACUGUGGUUCUGGAAGGAGCUUCAAAUUUUAAUGACCUGCAACACAUUGAAUUUGGAAAAGGCUAUGGCUACAAGACCCAGCUGAAUAUUGGCAUGAGAAACAUUGCCAGUCAGUUGUUCAAAUACAUGAGUAACAUUGCUGAACGGACUUGUUGCUGUGUGUACUGCAAAUGCAUUGGUGAAGAAGGAGAGCCAGGUGACCAAGGCAGAUAUGGAAUGGAGGGUCCUCAGGGUGUUGAAGGAAGCCCAGGACACUUAGGAGAUGAAGGGGCACCUGGUCCCAGAGGGUUGCCAGGACCAGAUGGUGAUAAAGGUUACAGGGGCUGCCGAGGCAAUAGAGGCCCUAAGGGACAAAGAGGAAUAAUUGGCCAGAAGGGAAGAAACGGGGAAGAAGGAUUUGAUGGCAUUAAUGGAGAGCCCGGCUCUCCUGGACUUCCAGGAUUUAAAGGAGAAAAAGGUGACCCUGGCAAUCAGGGCAGCCCAGGAGUCAAGGGAAUGCCUGGUGAAUGUGGUGAAAAGGGUUUUCCAGGAGAUCUGGGUGUCCCUGGCAUAAAUAAUAACAGAGCAGGACCAAAAGGUUUUGAAGGGGAAAAUGGAAGACAGGGUGAAAGGGGACACCUAGGCCCCCCUGGAUUUCCAGGAUCUAAAGGAACCCAAGGAUACCAAGGUAGAAGAGGUCAUCACGGCCCCCAGGGGAGUAAAGGAACCCAUGGCCCAAGAGGUUUUCCUGGACAUCAAGGAUUUAAGGGCCCACAGGGUGAAAAAGGAAUUCGGGGAGUGAAAGGAAUGAAAGGAAAUCAAGGAAGGGAAGGUUUUCCAGGUAUUCCAGGAAGAACAGGUCCAGUCGGCAUUCCUGGGAAAUUGGGACUCAGAGGGAAUAAGGGAGAGUUUGGUGAUCCUGGAAUGAAGGGGAAGAGAGGCUUACCUGGAAUACGGGGGCUAAGGGGGGAUAGUGGUGCAACUGGGUAUGGUAAGCCAGGAAACAAAGGAAUAAAGGGGCAAAAAGGAUUUCCUGGAGAUGUAGGGCAGGAGGGUGAUGUUGGCAACACUGGAAUUCCAGGAGAAAUUGGGCCAAAGGGGAUCCAUGGGCAAAGGGGUCCUGCAGGUGCCACUGGCCAAAAAGGAGCACCAGGAGACCAUGGUCCUCCAGGACACCGGGGUAACAAAGGAACAAAAGGCAUUUCUUCCUUUUCACCAUGUGAGCUCAUUGCUUAUAUUCGGGAGCACAGCUCUUGCUACCAAGGUAAGUCAGAAUGUCCAGCAUAUCCUACAGAACUAGUAUUUGCUUUGGAUAUAUCCCAGGAUAUCACACUCCAGAUGUUUGAACAAAUGAAAAAGAUUGUUACAGAGACUGUGAACCAAACCAACAUCAGAGAGAGCAAUUGUCCUGUGGGAGCCAGAGUGGCUGUUGUGUCCUUCAGCUCCAACACCAAUUACCUCAUCCGCUUCACAGAUUUCCAGAGCAAGAACAAGUUGCUGCAGGAGCUCAAUAGACUUUCUUUCCAGAGAACAACCAACAGACGGGACAUUGGUGGGUCCAUGAGGUUUGUUGCCAGGCAUCUCUUCAAGCGAACUCUCCAAGGUGCUAAUGUGAGGAAAGUUGCUGUCUUCUUCAGCAAUGGAGAGUCGGACCAUCCAAGUUCUGUCAAUACAGCACUCCUUGAGUACAGCGCCUUAGACAUUGUUCCAAUCAUCUUAGCAUUUAGUAACAUAACUGAGGUCAAUCGUGCUUUUCUGAUGGAUGAUUCUGGACAAUUUCAAGUCAUCACCAUUCCCACCAGGGGAGAUUACUCACCAUUUUUGAAAAGAUUCCAACUGUGCACACUUUGCUAUGAUAAAUGCAAACCAGAUGCUGUCUGUGGACAUACCAGAAGAACCAGACCACCAUGGGAAUAUGUGGAUGCUGCUUUUGUUUUGGACAGCUCAAGACAAAUAAAUCCUGAUGAGUUUAAGAAACUGAAGGCAUUUCUAAGCAGGGCUCUGGACCAUUUUGAUAUUUCCUCUCAGCCUGCAACUUCUUCUGUAGGUGACCGGGUGGCUCUGGUGAGCCAUGCUGCACCAGCAUUCAAACCAGAAAACCAGGUGAUGCCUGUAAAGAAAGGAUUUGAUUUAGUGACUUUCAAUACAACAUGGUUCAUGAAAAAAUAUAUCCAGGAAUCUGUUCAACAAUUGGAUGGUGGGGCGGCUGUUGGCCAUGCUAUCCAGUGGACAAUUAACCACAUUUUUUCAUAUACUCCAAACCCAAGGAAACACAAGGUCAUCAUUGUUAUAUCUGUGGGCGGAACAAGUCAAUGGGAUAAAGCAGUGUUAAAGAAAGUGUCUUUGAGAGCCAAGUGUCAAGGCUAUGCCUUGCUGGUAGUUUCUGUGGGACAGACCUACAACAGCACAGAACUUGAAGAGCUGGCAAGUGACCCCUUGGACCAGCACCUGGUUCAGCUUGGCAGAAUUCACAAGCCUGAAUUAAACUAUGCCAUUAUGUUCCUGAAACCCUUUCUACAUUUUCUUUGGAAUGGAUUCAACAGCUAUCCACCAGCUGAACUUAGAACAAAAUGUCAUAAGGUCAGCACUAAAAAAUCAAGAUACGUUUUGAGGCGUCACAGUCACAAAUGAUUGACAGAAGAUGAUAUGAACUGGCACAUACACAGAUGCAAAGAAACACAACUUUUUCUUUUGUCAAUGGGUAGAAGGAAGAAUUAUGUUUAUAAUAGUGUCCACUUGUCCCUUUCAAUGAUGUAUAGAAUUCUAGGAACUUCAGAAGAAACAAGAUGUAAUAUAUAAAAUCUAUGGAGUGAUUGUGAUUCUUCUCACCUUUUUAAAGAAAAUCUUUCUUUUUCAAGGUUAACACAGUCAUGUCUUCUGGACAUUGCUCCUGCCUUAAUUCUUUAUAUAUGUUCAGAGAUAUAAUUGAAUAAGUCAAUGUCCAUUCAUAUGCUAUUUCAGCUUUCUUUUGAACAUGUGAAUGGGGUAUGGCUGAGAAAUGUGUGCAUCACAGCUACUAUA